AUGUUGAAGAAGGCUCCUAAACUUAAAGCCACGAUCAAGAGCAAAGCAACAACAAACGUAAAUGUCAGACCAGCUGCGGAGGCGAUGAUAGAGCUAAUAACACUGGUUUUCCUGAAUGGAUUGGCAGAAGAGGCAAAAACUAAAGCUUUUGAAGAAAAAUCUGCCACCAUCCGAGCUCAGCACCUGAAAGCGGCGUCCAAGAAAAUGCUGAAAAAGUCAAGAGGAUGA